AUGGAUGCCAUUAAUGAAACUGUCCCAUCAGAAUUUAUCUUUCUGGCAUUUUCAGACCUUAAUGAGUGGUGUUCCCUCCUCUCUGGAAUCUUAUUCAUUGUCCAUCUCUUUACACUAAUGGGAAACCUUUUGAUCAUCAUCCUCAUCCACUUGGAACCAAGCCUUCAAACUCCCAUGUAUUACUUCCUGGGGAACCUUUCCCUUCUUGAUAUCUGUCAAACAACCACCACCCUUCCUCAAAUAAUAGCAUGCCUGAUCUCAGGCAGAAGUGUCAUCUCCUAUGCAAGAUGCAUGAUGCAAGUCUUUUUCUUUGUUUUGUUUAGUGGCACUGAGACACUCCUCUUGGCUGCCAUGGCUUACGAUCGUUAUGCUGCCAUAUGCAACCCUCUCCAGUAUAAUGUAAUCAUGAAUCAGAAAACCUGUGCUCAGCUGGUGUCUGCUUGUUGGUUCACGAGUUCCCUCAAUGCUUCUGUGCACACUCUCUUCACUUUCAACUUACCCUUCUGUGGCACCAAUAAGAUAAAUUACUUCUACUGUGACAUCUCUCCUCUACUAGCUAUCUCCUGUGGUGACAUCUCUCACAGUUUCAUUGCAUUACUGGCCACUAGCCCUAUUAUGGGCUUUGGCCCAAUCCUGUGCAUCAUCAUUUCUUACAUUCACAUCAUCCUGAAGAUUCUGAAUGUGCAUUCCUUCACUGGGAUGAGGAAAGCCUUUUCUACCUGUGCUUCACAUCUCACUGUUGUCUUGCUCUUCUAUGGCAGCUGCAUUUUUGCCUAUGUCAGGCCCCAAUCAAGCUACUCAUUCAACACUGAUAGAAUGAUUGCCCUCCUGAACAACAUCCUUUCCCCAAUGUUGAACCCAUUGAUUUACACCCUCAGGAACAAAGAUGUGAAGGGGGCACUGAGAAAUUCAAUAGUAAAGAAAUUGCUUUUCUGA